AUGCAAAGGAAUAUUAAACGGUCAACUCGUGGACCAUUACGGGCAAUUAAUAACGCCCUAUCAACUAAUACAAAUGUAAUAUCAUGUAAACCAGAAAAAGCUACCGAUGUGAAGGAUGUUAAUGGUAAACAAAUCAGUUUUCGAGUUGUUCCAAUCGACUUUGGACUUUCAAGCGCUUCAUCGGGCCUGACAUCACAACGUUUAGCUGAGGAUAAAGCUGUGGAUUUGUAUGUAUUUGAACGAGCAUUAACUUGUGGCUUAGAUCAUAAAGCCUUACUGAAAGCUUUUCCUGAUCAACCUGAUCUAAAUACACCAGAUGGCGUGAUGAAUUUAAUUAUGAAUGCAUAUCGUGAGAAUUAUGCUGUACAACAGUUGAAUGAAGAAUCAGAACCACAACAACAACAAGAACGAGUCAAGUGUAAAUCGUCGGUUAAUUAAAAAUCGGGUGAUAAUUUGGAUGCAAAGAAAGCUGAAGUGAAAGAAGUUCUAAGUAGGCUUGAAGAGGUUCGACAACGUGGUCGGAAACGUUUGAUGGUUGGAUGAAUUUUUUAUUUUCAAAAAUGAUUUUGAACAUUUCGCUAUUUUGGUUAUCAAUAAUUUCUUAUGUAUAUUUUUUGGAAUGGAAAAUACAAUUAUACAUCCA